AUGGCCUCCUCUUCAACCUCGAACCGACCCAACGGGUCCGUCUCUAGCGACCGGCCUACAUCGCCCUCGUCCCACGCCGGCAGCUCCUCGUCGACCAAGGCACGCAACCCGCCCUUCCUGCCCACGCCACUCGAAGCCGCCGCCCUGCUGCUGUACCCAAUACUCCUGACCUUCGGGACGCUCUUCUCGCUGCUCUCGCCACAGGUGCGCAACGCGCCCUACUUCCCGGCCCUGCAGGCGCACAGCCAGGACCCGAGCCUGUCGCCGUCGUACUUUGCGCGCAAGUCCAACGUCUUCAACGUCUUCUUCGUCAAGCGCGGCUGGGGCUGGAUCUCGCUGGCCUUCUUCGUCUUCCUCUUCACGCACCCGGCCGUCCGGAGCGCCCAGCAAAAGACCCGCGGCCUGAUACGCUGGGGCCUAGUGACGACGUGGUGGGUGCUCGUCACGCAGUGGUGCUUCGGCCCGGCGCUGAUCGACCGGUCCUUCCUGUUCACGGGCGGCAAGUGCGAGCUCGCUGAGGCGAAGCUUGAGGUCGGCGCCGACGUCACCGGCAAGGAUUUUUUCACGGCCGUGGCGUGCAAGACCGCCGGCGGGAAAUGGAAAGGCGGCCACGACAUCAGCGGCCACGUGUUCCUGCUGGUCCUGGGGAGCUACUUCUUGCUGCAGGAGGUCGGCUGGGUCUAUCUGAACCACUGGCAGCGGCGCGGCGCGGGCGGUGCCAUCGAGCUGAGGGACGAGAGGAGCGUCAUCAUGCACGAUGGGGCCAUUAAGAGCGCUGCCGUCGAGGGCGAACGCGACCACUCGGAGAGGGGAGAUACGGCUCGUCCACGGAGCGCUUGGGAGGCGCUCGCACUAGGAGGGAGACUUGCCGGUGGUGUAUUCUUGCUGAGCUUGUGGAUGAUCCUCAUGACGGCCAUCUUCUUCCACACAUGGAUUGAGAAGCUUACCGGUCUUCUGGUCGCCUCUGCGGUCAAGGUUCCCGCCAAUCUCCCAGAGCUGGUGAGGGCCAAAUUCAACACUGCUAAGGCCAAUGGCGACGUCAACUUCUAUCCAACACAGGUCGCUGUGCUGAAGCCAGGAUCAGUCCCAUUCCAACUCCGCUUCUCCCCGUCGCUGGCCAACAAGCCAAAAGGCCCUCCGCCAGCCAGCAACGGCCCAGACAAGAAGACGAAGCCCUUCAACCCCUUUGAGGACCCCCCGCCCACGGCCCUCGUCUCAGAACUCCCGCCGGGCCAUCGCCUAGUGCUCAACAAGUUCGCCGUCGUGCCGGAGCACUUCCUCCUCAUCACCCGCUCCUUCAAGCAGCAGACCCACCUUCUGGAAGCGGACGACCUGUCCGCCGCCCAUGCCUGCGUGCGCGCCUACCACGAGGAUGCCAGCGGCGGCCAGGAACUCUUUGUUUUCUUCAACUCUGGCGAGCACAGUGGCGCCAGCCAGCCGCACAGGCACCUGCAGCUCCUCCCCGUGGACAAGAUGCGGGAGGGCCUGGAUGAUGGGUCGGGCUGGACGGUGCUGACUGACCGGCUCGUCGAGGGAGGAGAUGUCAAAUUGCCGUUCGCCACAUUCUCUGAGACGAUAGCUGAUGACGUGGGCCCCGAGGCUCUGCGGGCAGCUUAUAUCCGGCUGUAUCGCAAGGCGUGUGCCGCGGUGGGUUGGGACGAGAAUGAUUUGGGAGAGCUUGCGAGCGAUGACGUGCCUGCAAAGAUCAGCUAUAAUCUAGGCAUGACGCGAAAUUCUUUGGUGGUGUGCCCUCGCUUAGCAGAAGGGGAUGCCGUCCGAACCAGCGACGGCCAAAAGGUCGGACAGUUGGCACUUAACGGGACGGUUUUGGCUGGUACCGCCUUAGUUAAGAGUGAAAAGGAGUGGGAUGCUUUGAGAGACAACCCAGGCCAGUUGUGGGAUGUGCUGGCGAAGAUUGGGUGCAACACAUGA